UACUUCCUUCCUUGGAGUACUUCGACAUUCGAAACACAUACACCUGCAACCUCAGAAUUUCGAGAAGUACCGACGUCAUCGCAUCGUGAACAAGAUCGCUAUUCAGACAUGGCGACGUUCGCAAAACAAAACUUCGCCGCUGCCUCUUAUGCCACCUUCCGGCCCAGCUAUCCCCCAAGCCUCUACAAUGCCAUCCUAUCCUACCACCAAGGACCGCGAGGCCUCGUCGUGGACCUAGGCUGCGGUCCGGGAACUGCAACGCAAGAAAUAAGCGAACACUUCGACCAGGCCAUCGGCACCGAUCCCUCUGAGGGAAUGAUCAAGCAAGCGCAAGCGAAACAACAACAAGCCUCCUCGGAAACACCUUCCUCCAACCUAUCAUUCCGCGUCGCGUCCGCCGAAAGCCUCCCUUUCCUCAGCGAUGGUUCCGUAGAUUGCAUCAUCGCCGCCGAAGCCGCGCACUGGUUCGACUACCAGCUCCUCUGGCCCGAACUAUCCCGGGUGCUUCGCAAGAACGGGACCGUCGCAUUCUGGGGGUACAAGGACCACGUUUUCGUCGACCACCCAGCCGCGAGUCGGACAUUGAUAGAAUAUGCAUAUGAUCCGCAGCCCGACAGAAUGGGUUCGUAUUGGCAGCAGCCGGGACGGGAUUACCUACGUGAUCAGCUACGCGUGGUUCAGCCGCCUAGUAGCCAAUUUGGGGAUGUGCAGAGGCUGGAGUACGAGCCGGGCACGAAGGGAAAGCGGAGUGGACAGGGAACAUGUUUUAUGGAGAAGCGGGUGGGCGUGGGCGCGUGCAAGGAGUAUGUGAGGACGUGGAGCGCGUGGCAUAGUUGGCAGGAGGCGCGUUCGGAUAGACUGCCGCGGUCGCAGGGUGGAAAGGGGGAUGUGGUGGAUGAGAUGUUUGACGAGAUGGCGAAGGAGGAAGCGCAAUUUGCAGAUGAGGAGAAUUUGGUUGAUAUCGAGUGGGGCUCUGCGCUUGUAAUGGCGAGGAGGAUUUGAAAAGAAUCAGGC